UUCUCUUCACACAAAACUCCUCUUUUAUCUAUCCAUACCCACACAUACUAUCAGCACUACUACUAAUACUACUACUACUACUACUACUACUUUACUAUCACUACAAACACUAUUUACCAAAACAUGGACUUCACAACCAUGUUCAUGUUCUGUUUAUUUGUUUCUUUUCUUUCUUUCUUAUUCCUCUUCCGUCUCCUCCUCAAAUUCCUCACCUCUGGCCACCGGAAACUCCCUCUCCCACCGGGCUCUCUUGGCUGGCCGUAUAUCGGCGAAACCUUUCAGCUCUACUCUCAAAACCCAAAUGUCUUCUUUGCCUCCAAAGUUAAAAAGUAUGGUUCUAUACUCAAGACUCACAUAUUGGGUUGUCCUUGUGUGAUGAUAUCGAGCCCCGAGGCGGCGAAACUCGUGCUUGUAACGAAAGCUGCUCUGUUCAAGCCGACAUUUCCGGCGAGCAAAGAGAGGAUGUUGGGUAAACAAGCCAUUUUCUUUCACCAAGGAGAGUACCAUUCCAAAUUGAGAAAACUUGUCAUCCGAGCAUUCAUGCCCGAGGCGAUCAAAAACAUUGUCUCUGACAUUGAAUCGAUCGCUAUCGAGACUCUAAAAUCAUGGGAAGGCCAAUCAAUAACCACUUAUCAAGAAAUGAAGACAUACACAUUCAAUGUCGCAUUACUUUCGAUAUUCGGAAAAGACGAAAUUCUGGACAGAGAAGAGCUGAAAAGAUGCUACUACAUUCUUGAAAAAGGGUACAAUUCAAUGCCCAUUAAUCUUCCUGGAACUCUCUUCCACAAAUCGAUGAAAGCGAGGAAGGAGCUAGGUCAGAUCGUGGCGAAAAUCCUCUCGAUUAGGCGGCAAAUGAAGCACGACCACAAAGAUUUGCUCGGAUCAUUCAUGGGUGAUCAAGAAGGCCUCACCGAUGAACAAAUAGCCGAUAAUAUCAUCGGUGUCAUUUUCGCAGCUCGUGACACCACCGCCAGUGUCCUAACGUGGAUAGUCAAGUACCUUGCCGAGAACCCAAGUGUCCUCCAAGCUGUCACUGAAGAGCAAGAGGAGAUAGUGAGAGAGAAGCGCGGUGAAGAGAAGGCUCUAACUAGGGCAGAUACUAAGAAGAUGCCAAUGACUUCAAGGGUGAUUCAAGAGACACUUCGAGUUGCUUCAAUUUUGUCUUUCACUUUCAGAGAAGCUGUUGAAGAUGUAGAAUUUGAAGGCUAUCUUAUACCAAAAGGUUGGAAAGUUCUACCACUCUUCAGAAACAUCCAUCACAGCCCAGAAAAUUUCCCAGAGCCUGAGAAGUUUGAUCCCUCAAGAUUUGAGGUGGCACCAAAACCCAAUACAUUUAUGCCAUUUGGCAAUGGGACCCACUCAUGUCCAGGGAAUGAGUUGGCCAAGGUGGAGAUUUUGGUCCUUCUGCACCAUCUGACCACAAAGUACAGGUGGUCUGUCAUGGGCCCACAGAAUGGGAUUCAGUAUGGCCCUUUUGCUCUUCCCCAAAAUGGUUUGCCCAUCAGACUAUCCCUCAAAACAUAGGUCUCUCUUUCUCUAUAAAGACACUGUUCCAACUCCCAACUACAGAGAUCUUUCUAAAAGCAGAAAGAUGUGUGAGAAGAUUAUGAUGAAGAGAGCGAUACAAUCAUUCAAUUGACUAUAUGAAUAAAGAGGAAAAGACUCUUUUCUCUCUUGCUAUAGUUUACCCAAAAGCAGAAAAUUUUAGAAUGAGAUACAAAAAAGGGCGGGCAAAAUUGUACAUAAAAGAGGCUUCAUAGCUAAUUGUUGAGGCAGCAAUGUUAGGUAUCAUGAAAAAAAUUUUAUGAAAAUAAUUAUGAAAAUUUUGUGACCCUUGGAUUACACUUAGAUUAAAGCACUACAUACUAAUCCAGGUAAUUCAAUGGUCAUAAAUUUUUCAUGAUCUUUUUCAUGAAAAAAUUUUCACGAUCCCUAACUUUUCCCUUGUUGAGGGGACACAAUUAUUGAACUUAAAAAAGUCAUAUUCAUUGUCAAGAAUGACAGUGAAAAUUGCAUUAAGAGAUGGGAUCAAUGUAAUCUAGUUAGUUUAAUUAGUCUAUAUUGUUUGUUUGUUAUAUUGUAUAAAGUCCUCAAGGCGACAAAUGAAAAUAUAAUUUUAAGUUUUCACUU